GCAGCUUAUACCAUUAGACUAACGUGAAUCAUUCGUAUACAAAUACAAAAGCAAACCUUUUUUAGACAAAUCAAAAUAGAACACGUUAACAAGACUUUUAUAUUCCUUGUUUGACAUAUUGGAUUAGUUCUUGAAGCCAUUUCAAGGCUUGUAAAUCCACUCUUAUAAAUCCCUCCUGAAACAGCUUUCAAAUUUAAAGAGUCUCUCUAUCUCCAGAGAUCAAUUAAUCAAUCAAUGGCGGCUGCUGGUGAAGUGCGGAGGAUCAAGCUAGGAAACCAAGGUUUUGAAGUAUCAGCGCAAGGUCUUGGUUGUAUGGGACUUUCCAUCUCGGACGGAGCUGACAAGUUGGAAGCAGAUCACAUUGCUCUCAUUCACCAUGCCAUCAACUCUGGCAUCACGCUCCUAGACACCUCUGACGUCUACGGUCCCGAGAUCAACGAGUUGCUUUUGGGAAAGGUUCACAUUGUGAUUUCAAAGAUGGGAGAGCUGAAGAAGCUGGUUGAAUAGGGUAAGAUAAAGUACAUUGGUCUCUCUGAAGCCUCUGCUUCGACUAUAAGGAGAGCUCAUGCUGUUCACCCGCUCACCGCCGUGCAGCUAGAAUGGUCUUUAUGGUCCAGAGAUGUUGAAGAAGAUAUCAUUCCUACUUGCAGGGAACUUGGGAUUGGAAUUGUAGCUUACAGUCCUCUGGGACUAGGCUUCUUUGCUAAAGGGCCAAAGCUCAUUGAGAAUAUAGACAAUGCUAACUACAGAAAGGGCUUACCGAGAUUCCAACAAGAGAACUAAGACCACAACAAGAUUCUCUAUGAGAAGGUAAAUGCAAUGGCGGAAAAGAAAAGCUGCACUCCUGUACAACUAGCACUCGCAUGGGUUCACAACCAAGGAGAUGAUGUCUGCCCCUUUCCAGGAACCUCCAAGAUCAAAAACCUUAAUCAGAACAUUGGAGCUUUAUCUGUGAAACUCACAAGCCAAGAGAUGGCUGAGCUUGAAGCCAUGGGACGUCCAGAUUCUGUGAAAGGGGAAAGAUCAGCUACUUAUAUAGUUACCUACAAGAACUCUGAAACUCCACCCUUGUCUUCUUGGAAAACUGCAUAAACCGGCUGUAAUAGUUUCCUCUGCCACCUUGCUAAGCUGUGUUAUGAGUUACA